GAGAUUGGAGUCAAACCAAACACCACGAUGCUGAGCAUGAGUUGGCUGUACGAACAGGAUAUUUCUUUGGCAGACUUGUGGUGGGCAUGCGGAAGAAGAUGGGGACUGCGAAACACCCUUCCGAAGUAUUGGAGAGGAAACUGUGCCAGGGUCAUCUUGGCCCAGCAAACUUAUAUAGUCCCCUGGUCAGAACGCAACUCAACCAGCCCAGGGGGCAACCAGCAGACACCCAUAAAAGGGAACCUGAGGAGAAGCCGAAGAGACGCUGACGAUGGAGUGUACAUGGACAUGUUCGGACAACCCCACAACGUCCCGAGACAGUUCAAAGCACGGGACGAGGUACUCGCCGGAUUUGAAGCCGCCCUUCCCUUUUACGGAGCAUCCAUAGGCAUCGCCAAGAAUGUUCAAUGGAUCAACUACAUCCACUACAACGCCCUGCGGUUCAUGAAUGGCACUAUAGACGCGUUCAACGCGGUUGACCGGAGGUUGAACGCCACCACGAAAAUGGCAAUGGAAACCAGGAUAGCAGUGGACUGGAUACUAGCAAAGGAAGGUGGAGUGUGCGCGAUUGUUGGAAUAGACUCGUGCUGUACGUACGUCCCAGGUAAAGGCAAGAACAUGGACGACUUCUCAAACGCGAUGAAUAGACUCAAGGCUGUAAACAAGGAAGCCCAUGAGAACUCUGGAAAAGGACUGAUGUUUGACAGAAUCCCGGAUGUCUCAGGAAUCUUUGCCCCUGUAACCCGGUGGCUAACGGACACCUUUGGGUCAUGGGGGGACCUUCUGCCCCAAACCACCCUACCUUCCUAAAGGAUGUGAUAUUGUUGCCAAGCCCAUCUUGGGACCAAGUGUGUAAACAUAAAACACGGAGAAAACUACAUGAUAGAGGGUUCAUAUUGAAUGCAUUUGAAAUGCACAAGUCCUGGGACAGCAGGACUGUCACCAUGGAGGUAAAGCAAGCUUUUAAAGAGAAAAUUGCUAUGGAUUCAAGUAUCAAACUGUUGAUGGCUUGUGGGAGCAAGCUGGUUGCUCCAAAAUUGCACAGCGGUCAAGAACUUAGUGGCCUUAUUAUACACAAGAUCUUAAAGUCCAAGGCUGUAUAUGUGAGGCCAUCCUCUGAUCUCCCAUGUAAGUUGGACAGCACAGACUCCGAGGACAGUGUCAUGGAGUUGGAUGAAGAUACAUCAGCAUCAUAUGACCUCAGAACUACUUCUGCCAGUCAUGGCAGUUUAGCUACUAGGAGAAGGAACAGCAGACGCCAAAAUGCAUCUACCAGGCAGGUUUGCGUUGCAAGAAGGGCUAGAGCCAACCAGCCGUCACCACAAGUGACCAGUGACCAGCCCCCACCACAAGUGACCAUUGACUUAGAAAGUGAUAACUCCGUGAGCCAGUCACCACUAGUCAGUGACAACUAUGAUGCCUACCUUUCAAUCAUGGGAGCCAUGCCAGACCUAUCCUCUGAUGAGGAAGUUAACAAGGCUAUAUUGGCCAGUCUUGAGAGUCAUCCGUGUCAGAAUGUACAUCUUUUGAUGAACUGCAACAGGCCACAGCACCACUUACAGAUUAUCUGGCCAAUGCUGGGUGUCUAAGGCCUUUGAAACAUACAGGACAAAUAUCUCUUGGUGGAGGAUAUCAUCAUGUUUCAGGUGGUUCAUCGAGUCAGUGGAGCAUUUGAAAGAUUCAGGGAGAGCAUGAAGACCCUUGGUGUUCUUGAUGCAAUAAGAAUGCACCCAGAUGCUUUCAGACCACUGUUUUGUCACGAGCCAUCCCCACUCACAGCUGCUGUACUAGAACAGCUCUUUGAAAUUCGACUGUCAGCAGUGGGCAGCAACAAAAGAAGGGCAGAGGAAUGUGUGGUUGCAUUUUGGAGGGACUACCUGCUGGAUGUUGAGGAGCAAGAGGGACCCUUGAAACUUGAGGGUAUCCUUCAGUGGAUUUUCUCCAUGAGCUGCCCCUCAGACAAGGCCGUCAAUUCCCCACCGCAAACACGUGCAUUAAUUGCCUGCGGUUGCCAGUCCUGAAAGGUUUUGAGGAUUUCAAGGAAAGUAUGGAUUUCGCUUUAAAAAAUACUCAGGGAUUUGGACAGGAAUAACUUCAGAGAACUCCUUUAUUAUAAUCUGUUGCCAGUUGCACUUUAUUAAACUGAUGAGACAUUGUUGUCUCAUCCUAAUACAUUAUUAUGUAUGUGUUGUUUGAACAAUGGAAAAUUGAAUAAUCGAUUCACUAAAAAAGAAACCAUUUUGUUAUUUUGUUUUAUUUUUCAACAAAGCAUAAAUUGUCACUGGACCACCCAAUAGUUAAUUAACCACCCAAUAGUGUCCUAAUUGACUAAUUAAGUUGCUCACUAAUAGAGUUCACCAGGCCCAAGUAUAAUUGGAUGCCAUGGUUACAGUCAUCAGCAAGUGGGUCUACAGUUUGUAGAAUUGUGUUCAUAACAGUUUGAUUCAAAAUAAAGUUAUUUUCAGGAACAACAACAUUGUUUGAUGUCUCAAAAUGUACUGGGGGGUCUUCAUUAAUUUCAGAGUUGUCACUCCCAACUAAAAUGUUCUGCAUUGCCUCUGCACUGUUGAGAACACCUCUCAGCCACAGUUGAAGAGGUGUUUGUGA